UGGAGGGAUUUACCCAGUAAGUCCUAUUCACAUUUGCAAAGUUACCAACCAGCAUCAUGAAACUCCUCUUGAUCUUUGCUUUUCUGGGAGCAGCAGUUGCUGCCCCUUUUGAUGAUGAUGAUAAGAUUGUUGGCGGAUACACUUGCCAGAGAAACUCUGUCCCCUACCAGGUGUCACUGAAUGCUGGGUACCACUUCUGUGGUGGUUCCCUCAUCAGUGACCGAUGGGUGCUUUCAGCUGCUCAUUGCUACAAAUCCCGCAUCCAAGUGAGGCUCGGAGAGCACAACAUUAUGGAGCUGGAAGGUGGGGAGCAGUUUGUCGAUUCUGAAAAAGUCAUUCGCCAUCCCCAAUACAACUCUUGGCUCCUGGAUAAUGACAUUAUGCUGAUCAAGCUGGCAGACCGUGCUGAUCUCUCCACACGCAUUGCACCCAUUAGUUUGGGAGGUGGAUGUGCAGCUACUGGGACUAGCUGCCUGAUCUCUGGAUGGGGCAACACACUCAGCGAUGGGGUAAAUUACCCUGACCUUCUGCAGUGCCUGGACGUUCCAAUCUUAUCUGAUGAAGACUGCAGAAAUGCUUACCCAGGACAAAUCACUGACAAUAUGAUCUGUGUUGGAUCCUUAGCAGGUGGCCAAGACUCUUGCCAGGGAGAUUCUGGUGGCCCAGUGGUAUGUGGCGGAGUUCUCCAGGGCAUUGUUUCAUGGGGAAUAGGAUGUGCUUUGCCUGGCUACCCUGGUGUCUACACCAAGGUCUGCAACUAUAUCGCCUGGAUCCACGAAACCAUGAAUGCCAAUUAAAACAACUUUUCACCUCUUGUUUCAACAUGCUGGUGUACUUUGCUUCUCACAAAAUUGAUCUUGAUAUAGAAAAUAAAGAAAAUAGAUAGAUACAGAUUACAAAAAUA